AUGUAUGAAUGUAGUGGCAGUGGGGAAGGUGGGGAAGGUGGUGAGGACUCAGAUCAGUUUCAUGGUGUUGACUAUAUUGAGAGUGAUGAUCAGUGGAAGACACAGGCUGUAGUCGGUUCCGGCACGGUUGUAAGUCAAUGCUGGGUCUUUUCCAAGCUUGAAGAGGACUUUGUCAUUUUGCAGUUAAAACACAUCUGGGCUUUUCUCUACGCGACAAAA